AGAGCGCGCGCGGGGCGUUUCAGCCGCUGGAGUAGUGGGCUGAGGAAAGGAUUUGGAGUCUGGCCUUGCGACGUUCAGGUAGAUGCAACUGAGCUGCCAGGUAACAAUUUCAAGAUGCCAGGGCGUUCCAGUACAAAUUCAGGUUCCACUCGUUACAUAUCCUUCAGUGGUGUGGAGUCCGCUCUCUCCUCCUUAAAAAACUUCCAAGCCUGCAUCAGCUCUGCAAUGGACACAGUUUCUAGUGUUGCCCUGGACCUUGUGGAGACUCAGACUGAAGUGAGCAGUGAAUACAGUAUGGACAGGGCCAUGGUUGAAUUUGCUAAAAUGGAUCGAGAGCUAAACCAUUAUGUUAAGGCUCUCCAGUCUACGAUAAAUCAUGUAAAAGAAGAACGUCCAGAAAAAGUGCCAGAUUUAAAAUUACUAGUGGAGAAGAAAUUUUUGGCUUUGCAGGAUAAGAAUUCUGAUGCUGACUUUAAAGACAAUGAAAAGUUUGUGCAGUAUAAGCAGCAGCUGAGGGAGCUGAAGAAGCAAUGAACUGCCAGGCUGUUUCCCACAGCGACGGCGCCAUUUUACAUUUCCACCAGCAGUGUCUGAGGGUUCCAAUUGCUCCACGUCCUCAGCCAGCACUUGUUACUGCCUGUCCUUCUUACUGCAGCCACUGUAGUGGGUGUGAAGUGGGGUCUCAUUGUUUUGGCUUACAUUUCCCCAAUGGAUUCAUUUCUGUGGUGUUUAUAUUACUAACCUAGGGCAAAAAUUUAAGUCUUGUACUUUUAUGUGAAAAAUCACUUCAUAUGACUGGAUUGGCUUUCUGAAACAAGCUAGUUCUAUACCAGAUAAAUGUUGUUCAUGAGGUUAUACUUGUUAAAAAAAAAUAUAAAAUAUCACUCGAGAGGCAGAGGCAGGCGGAUCUCUGGAGUUCGAGGCCAGCCUGGUCUAUAAGAGCUAGUUCCAGGACAGGCUCCAAAGCUACAGAGAAACCCUGUCUCGAUAAACCAAUAUAUAUAUAUAUAUAUAUAUAUAUAUAUAUAUAUAUAUAUAUAUAAUGAAGAUUGCACAUCCACCUGGGACAUUUGUUUUGCAGUACAAAUUCAUUCACAGUGUUCUUUAUCCUAGCUCCUCCAGUGCUAUUAUGUGACUGUACUGGCUAAUCCAGACAGCACUGUGGUUAGACCCCAAUGUGGUGUCACUAGGUGAACACUUGAAAAUGGAGAUGUGUGACUCUGGUUUUGUUGGUUGAGAUUAAAGGUGGUUUAUAGCACAGUAAACCCUUUCUCCCUACUCUGUGUCUCAGCAUGGGCCGAGAAUCUGCCACCAGAAACUCCUUAAGCUAAGCCUUCCUCGACUGUCAUGUUGCUGUGAUGACCUCAGGUUCUGACUGCAGAAGAGAGGCAAGAGCCCUUUUCUGACUCGUGUGCCUCCCUGUCCUUUGUUUCCAGUAAAAGCUGUGCCGCUUUCAGCCCUUGCCUCUGUCUGCUUCUCUGAUGUUUUUGUCAGUUCUUGCGCCUUCUGUCUCUUUGGAGCUCCUCGUCUGCCAUCCUUGUUUCUGUUGUGGAAAGAACGUCAUGUGCAGCUUGGGAGUGUGAGUUUCGCCAGCUCUCCAGUGUGUACAGAAUGAGAAAAGAAGGGGUGUUGAAGGAGGAAAGACUACUGAGCCAAAUUCAGAAGCUGCUCUCUCUAGAAAGAGUCCCAGCAUGCCUCAGGAAGCUCCCCCAGGAAGGAGCACCUCCCUGAAGACCCAUCCUCCUCUCUGGCACACCGAGAGCCACACCAGAGCUCAGCCUCCUGUGCACUGUGCACUCCUGUAGGGGACAAAGGGAAAGAGAAAGAAGAAUAGAAAGUUGUCCCUUCGUACUCUGUCUUUUCUGCUCCUCAACCUAAUGUGGGCUUGGGGCCCAGCUGGGAGUGCUGGAAAUAACUAGACUGAUGGGCAGAACUUGAAUUUUGCCACUCCAGAGUAAUGGGAGGCGACAACUUAACGAAGCUGGAGUUAAGCCUUCGUGAAUUCACUUUUGACACUCUUUUGUUAAUUAAAACACUGCUCUGGGUGAAGCAAGCACAUCGUGACCCAGUUAUGGUGUUGCUUUUCUAAAGGUCCUGGACCACGAGAUAAUCCUCACCUGUGUGCCUUCCGAACUCCACAGAGGAACCAAAUACUAUUCAGUGAUGUGCUGUAGGAACUGCGGUUUAGUUCUGAUUUUUAAAUGACUAGCCCCAGCCGGGCGGUGGUGGUGCACACCUUUAAUCCCAGCACUUGGGAGGCAGAGGCAGGCGGAUCUCUGUGAGUUCGAGACCAGCCUGGUCUAUAAGAGCUAGUUCCAGGACAGGCUCCAAAACCACAGAGAAACCCUGUCUCGAAAAACCAAAAAAAAAAAAAAAAAUAGGGCUGGAGAGAUGGCUCAGCCGUUAAAGGCUAAGCUCACAACCAAAAUAUAAAUGACUAGCCCUCAAGUAAUAGAAAAAUGAAUGAUGGCAAGUCCUUACUAAACCAUCCUGUGUGCUAAGUGUUAUGUGAGAGCCAUGCAGCGCCCUCUGAGGUAAACACAGUUGUCCUCCAAGUGAGGUGUGAUGAAGGUCAGUGCUUGCCAUAUUGUUUGCCCCAUAGCUCAACUUGUCUGUGGAGCAGACAUAGUGAAUACCCUAGGAGGAGUGGAGGAGAAGGGAUGUAGGAUGGUUCCCCACCUCCUGGUACCCUAGGAGGAGUGGAGGAGAAGGGAUGUAGGAUGGUUCCCCACCUCCCGGUACCCUAGGAGGAGUGGAAGGGAGGAGGUAUAUGAGGCAGAGCAAGGCUCUAAAGGCUAGACGAGAGCUUACCCAGACUAAGAAGCUAACUGAUGGGUUUGGCUGUGGUGGAGCUUAUUUCUGUUCGCCUUUUGAGUUUGGCUGUGGUGAUUUAUACAGGAAACUUCGGGCUCCUUUGCCUCCUAGAACAGAGGGAAUGAAGGCCGAGGAGAAGCCAACUGGUUUGUUCUGUAAGAAAAUGAUCAAAUGUGCUUCUGUGGAACAAAAAUG